CUCUUUCUCUUUACGGCCAUUCUCAUGAUCUUCAUCUCGACGGUUGCAUAUGGGAUAUUCUACUACCGGUUCAUCCCGCAGGUCGGCCUGGAGCGCAUUGUCCACCUGCAGUUUGGGUGAGUCGGACUUCGCGUCCAAUCGCACCAAGUCUCUCAUUCGAUGACCAUGCAUACUAAUCACUCUCUUUCCAAUAUCCACAGCGACGAAUCCCCGUGGGGAAUCGCAUCCCUCGGGUCCGAUCUGGUCUCCUCCCAGCCGUACGAUGUGCAGGUGGAACUGGAACUACCACGCACCCCUGCGAACCUCGCCGCGGGAAACUUCAUGCUCGACCUGACGCUUCUCUCGCGCCCGUCCACCUCCGCCGAGACAGGCCUGAAUACCUCGGUGACAGCCCUCUCGCAGUCGCGCCGCCCUGCGAUUCUUACCUACACGUCGCCGUUGGUAGACACCGCCAGCAAACUCUCGUUCAUGCCCCUCUACGUCAUUGGCUGGCAGCGCGAAGCCGAGAAAUUACAGGUCCGCAUGAUGGAACGCGUCCAGUUUGCCCGCGGGUGGCGCAAUAUACCGGACAGCCUGCGCUUGGAGAUCCACAGCUCGGAGAAGAUGCAAGUGUACACGGCGAAAGUGAUGUUUCGGGCGAGGUUUACUGGGUUACGGUAUGGUUAUCUUAUGGGUCCUGUCCGGGUUGGUCUGCCAUGCUAACAGGAAGAAUAGCUGGGUGAUGUAUAACUGGAGACUCACGUCCUUCGUUGUCUUUGGGUGCAUGUUUUGGAGCGUGUCUAUGGUUUCGGCUGGUGUUGUGUGGACGUUCCUGGUUUUGCUGCUCAAUGGGGGUGGCGAGAAGGCCGGGCCGGUGGUUAAGACGGAGAAGCGCAGGGAGACGCCCGUCAAGG